AUGGAGUCUUUAAGAAUGUUCAAAUCUACUAUUUCUCUCUCUUGCUUCUUCAUGUUUCUCUCUUAUGUUACCAUCUUGAAGCCUACCUAUGCAUCAAAAGAAUGUGAUUUUCCAGCUAUCUUUAAUCUCGGUGAUUCGAAUUCGGAUACCGGUGCACUGGCUGCUGCUUUUAAUUGGACUCCACCACCUUAUGGGGAAACCUUCUUCCAUAAACCAGUCGGGAGAUUUUCUGAUGGACGGCUCAUCAUUGAUUUCAUCGCAAAAAGUUUGGGUCUGCCAUUUCCCAGCGCUUAUCUCAACUCCUUGGGGGCGAACUUCACCAAUGGUGCCAAUUUUGCCUCGGCGGGAGCAACAAUCCGACCACCGGAAACUAUCAUUCCGGUGGGUAUAUUCAGUCCCUUUUACCUCGAUGUGUAG